UCGUUCUCGACUGGCAGGACCCUUAUAAAUCCGCUUGCCCACCACACUGUCCCACCUUCAAUUACAACAGCGCACAAGUUUUCCACGGCACUUCAACAGUGAACAGUCAAGGCCUCAGCAAUCAGCCUUCCAACAAAUGACAAUCGACAAUCUACUACCAAAAUCCAAAAUGGCAGUCCUCGCGGCAUCCACGAAUCCAACGACGGUUCUCACAACUCAAAACACAAAAACUCUCCUUGCCCUCCUCUCGCCAGCGUUCGCAAACUCGCUGUACCUCGCAACAAUCCUCCAACGACUCCUGAGCACCACAACACUAUUCCUGCUCUUCAGAAGCUACCUGCUCUCAAUUUUCCUCCUACAGCAGUCAUACCACGCCUCCCAAAUCCUUCUUAUUCAGAGUCUGUAUGCCUCGUCAAUCGCAUGUCAGAAUGCCUACUGGGCUUCGAAAAAGGGAACGAGACUAUUGUGGAGGAGUACGGAGGGAAUGAGGAAGAAAUUGUUCAUGGAAUUCAUGAUAUUCGUACUUGGGGGAGGAAAUCAACUUAUUUUGGUAUUAUUCUGGCCUGGGUGGAUCAUAGUUGGUGGGGGAAUCUGGGGAGUUUGGAGUCUCUGUGGUUGAAGAAUGUCUGAAAAAGAAAUAAAGAGUCAAACAAACACGAACCAUUCGAUCUAUCGGAAAACAAGGUCUAUACCGUCUAGAAGGGAUUGCGCCAACAACUCUAUGAGAAGAAAAAGGCGUUCCCCCCAAGAUCCCUCUUUACUUCCAUCUGGUAGUCCUUCUCUGGAUCGAAUUCUUGCCAAACGCUAGCGGGGAAGAUAUGCUUGUUUCGUUCGUACCAUCGGCGAUCAACGACUUUC